CCUCACUCCCUCGGUUCUUUUGGUCACGUGGUCGUGGAACUGAUAAUACUCGAGGAAUUUGUUCGAGGAAGUGGAUGAUGUUGUGUUAGUUUCGAAGUAUUUGCUGUUUGUGGCACGCUUGCCAAUAUUGCCUUACCUCGUAGAAGUAUAAAAAGAGCUAACAGGAAGUGACAUAGCUCCAUUCCUGCCUUUCUCUGAUGUCAUUUGCGUGGCACCAUCCAAGCAUAAGCAGGCUUCGCGCGGAGGAGUUGCUGUUGAGCUCAGGGAAAGACGGCUCUUUUAUUAUACGAGACAGCGAAAGUGUCUCCAAUGCACAUGUGUUAUGUCUGCUGCAUGAAGGAAGAAUACAUCAUUACAGAAUUUUACGAGAGGAAAAUAAUGGAAAUUUCUACAUGCAGGCAGUUCCUGGAGUGGCAGCUCAAGGUUUCAGCAAGUUGGAACACCUGGUGACGUUUUACAGUCAAGGUCACCAGGGUUUGCCUUGUGAGCUGAAACAACCUGCAGUGUUAGAGCAGGACAAGGAUGUUACUGAUGAUGACACUGAUGAUGAAGAUGAUGAUCUUGAUGAACCAGAUAGUGGGCCGACUGAAAAUGAAUAUGAAUUUCCUCCUCAGUUCAUCAGUAGUGUAGAGCAGUUGGAGUCUGAGAGGUUGGAUAAAGGCUUUCAUUCAGCUCUUAGUCUGUAUCUUGGAGAUGGGAUUAAGAAAGACAUGGAGAUGGUUGCUAAUGGAGAAACUGUUUUGGAAGAAAUGCAAAAGUUGCUAGCUACAACGUCAAUGAAUCUAAUUGUAGAACUCCAGUCAUUCCUGUCAAGAGUAAACUUGCUUCAGGGUGCAUUUAGUCUCGGAGAUCAUCACAAGCUGACACAGUUAUUGCCAGAACAUUCAACAGAAGAACAGCCAAACUUCAAACUGUUGAUGGAUCUCCUGGCAGGGAGCAUUGCUGGAGCAAAAUUACUACAAACUCAGGCUGUCAGAGCUUUGAAGGAAGUCCAGCGGAUUAACCAAGAAGAAGACAAAGAGCCUGCAGGGAACAGGACUCGUAUAUUUGAGGUGAUGGUUCAAGGAAUGGCAACAUCCAGCUUUAAGAACAAAUUGUAUAUUUCAGUGAAUUACGAAGAAGGUAGGUCUUUGUGUGAUAUAUUGCAAGCACUUUCAUCACUCUCAACCCACAGUUACACAAGUCUUUAAAUGAAGUCUGGGCUCAAAACUAAUGCUCACAAACUCACAAAAUGUGAAUUACUUGAUGUCACAUUUAUUCAUAAGAAAAAUUUUGUCUUCAUUCCUUUGCCCCAAAAUCUUAACUAGCCAACCAAACUUUCUGCUGCUUAAUUAACUUAGCUCAUACUGAUUUGAAAUUGUCAUUAAGUCAUAAAUUCUAAAUGAGCAUUUUGCUGCACAUCACAACCAAACAAACAUUAUUUUUGUGUUAGUGUAACCUGACCAUUACUGUUAAGAGUGAAUGCCUGUAAAAAUCGACCAAAAUGGCCUAUCAGUGGCACAAGUCUUAAAAAUUGGUUUCGCUUGUAUUUUGCCAAUAGAUAGGUCCUAAUGAGAAUUGAAAUGGACCAUAGUUAGUUUCUGCUAAUAUAGCUUUCUUUGGUAGAAAUAUGCCAAAAACGAUUUCACCCCAAUUAGGCUCAAAAUCUACUUCCAGUUUUGCUGAAUUUUCUGAAUGUUUGAUUGCUUCGCGCUCCGUACAACAG